AUGUGCAAAGGGUGCCUCUGGGCCAGGGGUGGUUGUCUGGAGCAGUAUAAAAGGCAGUCCAACUGCAGGUUCAUCAUUCACUUCUCUUGCCUUCUCCUGCUUGGUGAACAAGGUAAGAAGCAAGUACACCUCUGUCCCACAGCCAUGUCCUGCUACGAUCUGUGCCGUCCCUGUGGCCCAACCCCACUGGCCAACAGCUGCAACGAGCCCUGUGUCAGGCAGUGCCAGGACUCCCGGGUGAUUAUUGAACCAUCCCCCGUGGUUGUCACCCUGCCUGGACCCAUCCUCAGCUCCUUCCCCCAGAACACCGCUGUGGGAUCCACCACCUCUGCUGCUGUUGGCAACAUCCUGAGUGCUGAAGGAGUGCCCAUCAACUCUGGGGGCUUUGGCCUCUCUGGGCUUGGUGGUCGCUACUACUCUGGCAGGAGGUGCCUGCCCUGCUAAAGCUGGGCUGGAUGUCCAGUGAGUGCCUCGACCAGGAAGCCCCAAGCCAGGUGCUGGACUGAGGACGGAGCUGCUGGCCAGGCUUUCCAGAUGGGCUGAGCCCCCUUGUGCCCUCCUGCAAGGUGCCAGCCUGUGCUGCCUGGAAACACGGCCACCUGAUGUCUUCUGCUUCUCCUGCUUUCUUCUCCACAUCACGAGUGCCUGUUGUCUCCUGCUGCCCUGUGCCUUGGGUUCAUCCUGAAGGCAGUUGAGAGGGGCCCUGCUCAUGCCCCUCAGCCCAUGUGUGUGGGCAGAAGAUGCG